UUUCUGUUGGGUUUUUUUUCCUUUCUCCUCUCUCCCCGCCCCCUCCCCCCCAUUUUCUUUUUCCUUCUCCUCCCCUCUUACAUCUUUCCUCCUUCAUUUUCUUUUUCUCCCUCAAAGCUUCAGCUUUGGCUCAGGAUUGCAGAUCUAGCCCUGCCUAAAAUAACUCUCCUGUCUAAAGCAGUUGUCAGGGCUCUUUCUAAAUAUGAGAGAGAGACAGAGAGAAUAAUUUAGAAUAAUUUCACUCUGAGAAGUGGGGUGACCCAUCCCUGGAAGCACAACCGUCUUUCCAUGAGUGAUCUGAGGUUAAGUCUGUGUUCAUCACUUAUCAAUAGCAGAGGCACAUCCAGGACAGCUCCACGUGCACAUCAUCUACUCACUGUUACUGUUUGAGAAGCCAUCACACUAUUCCUCUGCUUUCAGGAGAAAACCCCUCAAACUCUGAGCAUUUUAUGCCAUUUAUAUGCUUUCCCUCCUUUCAGACCAGAGCAAAACAGGAAGGGUAGUGGGAGGAGAUAGAGCAGGGUUCAAUCCUCGGAAAGCACCCCUGGCAUCUCCUGUCUCACCUUCAGUUAGACCCGUGGGCCAGCCAUGGGCCCUGGGGCUGUGACUUCUCUUGGGUCCCUGCUGGCAUUUCUCUAUUUCUAAUCCUCAGUGAAUCUCUUUUCCUCACCCAGGUCUAUCCUCCCCUAGAACACCAGGAAAGCUUUCUGGACAUGCAGCAGCUUUUGGCAAGGGCUUCCUUAGUUCACCCCAGGUCCUGCUCCUUCUCUGGAACGUGGCCCUGGGCAAAGAAAACAGAAAGUCACAAUGAGCAGGCAGCCCAGGGAAAUGGAGUGCAAGAAGGAGAGGGAAGCAGAGCACAGCAGCGAGCUGUGCCCUGAGCAGACCUUUCCUCACUCCUGAGCAGUCCCUGUUUCUGCUUUCAUCUCAUUAUUGCUGCUCUGGAUGGAUGUGCUCAGAAGGGACAGGCGGCUUUGUUGGAAGGGUCAGCAGGGCCCUGCUUUCUGCAGCCAGCUGUGCAGAAGAGGAUAUUUAGGAAACUUCGCCAUCUGACCCUUCCCGAGGCUCUCUGGCCAUCAUCCUCCAGCCACCAGAGGUGUUCAGUGCUGGGACCAGAGCCUCUUCACAGCAGUGGCUCCAGUGCCCCAGUGGGCCCUGCUGGACUCCCCACACUCAGCCCCUGUGUCCUCCCUGGUUCCAGCCCAGGGUUCCCAGAGCAGAGUCUCAGAUGUCUGAUUCCAUAAAGCCAUUUAUUCCCAGUGGAGUAACACAGGAACAGCCUGAGCUGGUGCCUCUGAGGAGAGACCCCCAACAAGGGAAUCCCUUGGUUUUAUCCCCUCACUGUCUGCAUACCAAGGCUCAAACCUGGCUCUUCCUCCCAGGCCCUCGGCUCCUGCUGGGUCUCUCAGUGUCCCUUCCCCAGCUGUGUCACCACUCUUGGUGCCCUCUGUUGUGCUUUGUUGGCAGUUCACAAGCUCUUGUCUCAGGCUCCCACCUGGAGCUCAGCUUUCAUCUGGCACUGCAGCUGCCCCAGCCACCUGCACCAGAGUGAACCUAGAGAAAAGGAUACAGGAGACAAGAAACAAGGACUGAAUAUCUUGUCGCAGCGUUUGCUGUCUCUAUGGCUCUGAAAGCUGCAGCAAACAUGUUCAAAGCAUCAGCACCUAUGGUUGCUCUCUCUCUCAUUCCGGAAGGUGUAGCAAUGAUACGCAAGGAAAUAAGAAAGAGAGAGAGGGUGAAAACCAACAAGGCCCUGGAUUCCAUGAUGAAUGAGGGCUUACAGGAGCUCAACAAUAAAAUAAAAGCUCUGCAUGAAAAUUUCAAAAAAUUAGAGGAGUCCACAAAGAAUGAGCUUCAGAUAAUCAGAGCAGAGCUGGAGAAGAACCAAGGAGAGAAGGAGAAUGAAAUUGCAAGGGGUCUGGAAUCAGUGUUGAACAAGCACCUCCUGCAGCUCUCCCAAAGAAUUCAAACUCUGGAAGAAGAUUUACAGAAAUGGCCAGAGACCACAAAGAAUGAGCUUCAGAUAAUCAGAGGUUACCUGGAGAACCAAGGAGAGAAGGAGAAUGAAAUUGCAAGGGGUCUGGAAUCAGUGUUGAACAAGCACCUCCUGCAGCUCUCCCAAAGAAUUCAAACUCUGGAGGAAGAUGUACAGAAAUGGCCAGAGACCACAAAGCAUGAGCUUCAGAUAAUCAGAGGUUACCUGGAGAACCAAGAAAAGAAGAAGGAGGAACGUUCCAGGGCCCUGGAAACAGAACUCCAGCAGCUCUCCCAAAGAAUUCAAACUCUGGAAGAAGAUUUACAGAAAUGGCCAGAGACCACAAAGCAUGAGCUUCAGAUAAUCAGAGGUUACCUGGAGAACCAAGAAAAGAAGAAGGAGGAACGUUCCAGGGCCCUGGAAACAGAACUCCAGCAGCUCUCCCCAACAAUUCAGGCUCUGGGACAACUGUUCAGACAGGAUUUCCCGUAUCAUGUGUUCCUGCCUUUCAGAGCAUACCUGGAGAAUAACCAAGGGAUAGCCAUGCAGCAAGAAGAGAUAAUUCACCUACGAGUCCCGGAAUUGGCAGGAGGGGAGAGGAUUAAUAUAUGGACUGACUCCAGACGUGCAUUUGGUAUAGGGCCUGCUCAGGGUGCUGUCUGGAACAGAAGAUUGCGUGAAAUUCGAGGCUUUUCCAGGUCAGUGUCUGGAGGAGAAGUGGAAUGGAUCACACCAGGUGCUUCUGAAAACCUUCAUGCCAAUCAAGAUCAAAGAACAGCCUGCCUGGAUUCACUAUUCAGGAGUAUAGAAGGUAUCCAAAGGAGCCUGGACAUCAGAGCCAGUAGGACCAACGAUCUUCAAGUUCUGAUGCUGACCCUUGGGGUUCUGAUCAGCAUCAUAAUUCUGGCUCGAAUCUUUACCUUUCCCUGGCCAUAGUCCCCACACUCACAUCAGCUGUCAUCGUGAUAUUUUCUGAAAAAUCCCUUCACCAAGAUUUCUUCUCCUGGGAGGCUGAGAGGAGAAGAAUGAAAAUAAUAAUUAUCUGAUUGCUUUUUCCUGUUUUGCUGCUUUGGAAUGUGGUCUGGAGAUUGUUUGUCCAACAGGUGGGUGGUUGAUUGGUCUCAUGUGAAUUGUUUUUACUUAAUGACCAAUCACCAUCCAGCUGUGUCAGACUCUGAGGAGUCAGUCAUGAGUUUUCAUUAUCAUUCUUGUUAAGCCUUCUGUCUCUAUCCUUUCUC